UUGCGCAGUACAAACUCCCGAGCAGCGAACUGACAGGCUGUCCCGGUGACAGCGACCAGCCUCAGCCAGGCCCCCGAUGACGUCACCCUCCAUCCUGGGGCGCCUGUGUUUGCAGUGACGCCCCCCCCUUGCACGUUUUAGUUAUGGGGGAUCCUGCGCAGCCUGAGGCGGCUUCUGCUCCACGCCUGCAGAAUGGCUUCUAUCUAUCGGAGCCCCCAGUGCUGAUGAACGGGGAGAGCAGCCGAGUGCCGAGCGAGCAUGGUCCGCUCCGAGCUCACCCGGAUUGCCUGCACCAGGGAUCCCCGGCCAAGAAGAGCAGGAUGAGGAGGAGGAUGGAUUCGGGCAGGAGGAGCAGACCCCCCUUCCCAUGGUUUGGCAUGGAUAUUGGUGGAACGCUGGUUAAACUGGUCUACUUUGAACCUAAAGACAUCACAGCAGAGGAAGAGCAAGAAGAGGUUGAAAACCUGAAAAGCAUAAGAAAAUACUUGACUUCAAAUACAGCCUAUGGUAAAACUGGAAUCCGAGAUGUCCAUUUGGAACUGAAAAAUCUGACAAUGUGUGGCCGUAAAGGCAAUUUGCACUUUAUUCGCUUUCCCACCUGUGCUAUGCAUAGGUUCAUUCAGAUGGGAAGCGAGAAGAACUUCUCCAGCUUACACACAACACUAUGUGCCACAGGAGGUGGAGCGUACAAAUUUGAAGAAGACUUUAGGACGAUAGCUGACCUUCAGCUUCAUAAACUGGAUGAACUGGACUGCUUAAUCCAGGGCCUUCUCUACAUGGACUCAGUGGGAUUUAAUGGACGACCAGAGUGUUAUUAUUUUGAAAACCCAACUGACACAGAGCAGUGUCAGAAGAAACCAUAUUGCCUUGAUAAUCCUUACCCUAUGUUGCUGGUUAAUAUAGGGUCAGGAGUCAGCAUCCUUACAGUAUAUUCUAAAGACAACUAUAAGAGAGUAACUGGGACCAGUCUGGGAGGAGGAACAUUCCUUGGCCUGUGCUGCUUGCUGACGGGUUGUGAAACAUUCGAGGAGGCUUUGGAAAUGGCUGCCAAAGGAGACAGUACAAAUGUCGAUAAGCUUGUGAAAGACAUCUAUGGUGGGGACUAUGAACGCUUCAGUCUUCAAGGUUCUGCUGUUGCAUCUAGUUUUGGCCAUAUGAUGAGCAAAGAAAAAAGAGACACCAUUAGUAAGGAGGACUUGGCAAGAGCUACACUGGUUACCAUUACAAAUAACAUAGGGUCAAUUGCCCGUAUGUGUGCCCUUAAUGAGAACAUUGACAGAGUAUUAUUUGUGGGGAACUUUCUACGAAUUAACAUGGUUUCAAUGAAGCUGCUAUCUUAUGCCAUGGAUUACUGGUCGAAAGGACAGCUCAAAGCCCUUUUUUUGGAGCAUGAGGGCUACUUCGGAGCUGUCGGGGCCCUUCUGGAGCUGCUGAAGAUGAAUGACGAACGCUAAGAAGAUUGUCGGUGCAAGAAUUGCACACCUCAAGGCUGCUGUCUGAGAGUCUCCUUCCUUCCUAAGCUUCCAAGAGA